AUGUUUUCAUCGCGGGAGAUGGCUGUAAUCUUCCCAUGCUGGCUUGUGAGAUCCGGCGACGACUUACGCCGGCUUGCUGGAAUUAUCCCCAACCAGCAAUCUCUCACGGCAAGCUCUAAGCUCCCGACUGGUCUCCCGACAAAUGUAAUAGUUAAGGGAGGAAGAAAAGAUCGCGCGUGGUUCGUGACCCAUUUGUUAGGCACAAGCACUGCGCCCAUCCUGCCACCGCGCCGCCGCCACCAGCUUCCGCCUGCCGCCUGUAGAGAGUGCGCGCGUCGUGAUGGCGGCGUCCGAGUGGUACGUCGUGUCCAGCUGGUAGCCGCGGCAGCGACGGUGGCAGCGGCUGCGGCGGCGGUGACGGUGGCAGAAGCCUUUGAACGGGUCCGUAUGUCCUCCGCGAUCCGUGAACUCGGCGAUCAGAUUGUCGGCUUGCGCCCGGUCGCUUCUGUCCUGACGAUUGUCGGGGCCCUGGCCCGCCGGCAUAUGCGCGCUCUAGCGCACGACGUCCGUGAAACGCCACCGAUACAAACGGGAUUGCUCGAACCCGCGUUCUCGCAGGCAUUUCCCCGCAAAAUGUUUGCUUCGAAUUACGCGCAGCGCUCAAUUUCGAACGACGUGAACUCGCCGUUCACGCCGCUUCUAGAAGGAACGUCUUCACGACCACCGCACUGGCCUGCGGCGAUCGGUCGCGAGUUGCGAAACGGGGCGGGAGCGGGGCUCCUCGCCUCCACGUGGGCGCGCGGCGUGCCCGCUCCGUCCCUUCCAUACCGCGAACCGCGACCGGAAGCGGUGGGGAGAUUCUGA